AUGCUGGGCAAAGCCUUAGAACCCCCGAGUUCAACGUCAUCGAGAGUUUCCUCGUUUUUCAUCGAAAAUUUGCUUCGCUCUAGCAAGAAAGAUGGCAAGGCUGAUGCGCAAGAUAAUGCAGCGGGCUUCCGCAAAGCAACUAUUUUUCACAGCGAAGUAGCCGUCAGCCAUUGCAAUAAGGUGCGCUGUCAAGUGGCUCUCGCUGGAUCCAACUCACAGGGAUGUUUUGGCCAUCUCUGUCAUUGCGAACAGUAUGGGGGAGAAUCACCAAGCAAAGCUUUCGAAAAGACCGGGAGUCCGAAGCAGGACUGCGACAGUUCAGACACUGAUCCCUCGUACAACCGGGAUUCCCCGGUGAUAUCCGAAUCAGCGGACGUUGGCGACGAAACAGACAGGAAAGCAGAGGGCAGCGCGGCUGGCGGAAAAGAUGACGAAGCAAGGCACUCUUUCAGUGAACGACCCGACCAGGAUACGUGCGAAGUGUCGGAUCCGCAAACUGUGCGCAAGAAAAAGACGAGAACUGUGUUCAGCAGGAGUCAAGUCUUUCAGCUGGAGUCCACCUUCGACAUUAAACGAUACUUGAGCAGCUCCGAGCGAGCCGGACUGGCGGCGUCGCUUGACUUGACCGAAACGCAGGUGAAGAUUUGGUUCCAAAACAGAAGGAACAAGUGGAAAAGGCAACUGGCCGCGGACAUGGAAGCGGCGAACCUUUCCAGUUCGACGCAGAGGAUUGUCAGGGUUCCAGUUAUAUACCACGAAAGCUCCACACCUACGACUCUGGGUUUCAGCAUACCUCAAGUGUCGCCACCGUUAGUCGGCUUUUCAAGCACAGUGAAUUACCCCAUUUCACCAUUUCCCCCUUCCAUGUCGUUUAUAAGGUCGCAAAUGACAGGUCUCGUUUGAAGUUGGAUGAGAUUAUUCGGACUGGUACAUAUCGGUUUACUGUUUAAUCAACAGCGUGCAAUA